CGUUGGAUUCGGGUGGUUCCACUGGCGAAUGGUGGGCCUGUCCACUGCAUUCGUGAAUUCGCCCGUGGAGUUGCACAUCGUGUCUCUAGAAGCUGGUCAUUGAGUAAGACAAAAGUAUGAAUGUGGAGAAGCUGAAGCGCUUGCAGGCGCAGGUGAGGAUCGGGGGAAAGGGAACUCCGCGGCGCAAGAAGAAGGUCAUGCACCAGACGGCGGCCACCGACGACAAGAAGUUGCAGAGCUCGCUCAAGAAGCUAUCGGUGAGCACGAUUCCGGGCAUCGAGGAGGUCAACAUCAUCAAGGACGACCUGACCGUGAUUCACUUCAACAAUCCCAAGGCGCAGGCCUCGCUUUCGGCCAAUACCUUUGCCGUCACGGGUCACGGGGAAACCCGGAAAGUGGUCGAAAUGCUGCCGGAUAUCCUACCCCAGUUGGGUCAGGAAACGGUCGUCCAACUGCGUAUGUUUGCCAACGCCAUGAACAAUCAGAAGGGAGCUCCCUCCAAUGGAGAGGAACCCAUUGCCGUCGAGGAGGAUGAUGAUGUGCCCCUGCUCGUUGGAGAUUUCGAUGAGGUGGCCAAGGUGGAGGCCACCAAACAGCCGGAGCAGGCACCAAAAGCUCCUGCGGAGAAUAAACCCAAGGAUAAGCAACAGAAGCAGCCCCAGAAAUCCAACGAGAAACCCAAAGAGAAACAGGACAACAAGAAGGGUCAGGGCAAGGAUAACAAGAAGAACGAUCAGCAGGGCAACAACAAAGACAAGCAGGGUAAGAACAAAGAUCAGGUCAAAGGUCAGCCAGCUCCCCAAGCCAACAAAGCUGAGGCACCAACUGCGGAAGCUCCUAAACAGGAUCAACCAAAGCCGGAGCAGACCAAACCCAUUGAACAGAAGGUGGAGCAACCCAAAUCCACAAAAAACCAGCAGAAAACUGAAGCUAAACCUACUGAGCAGAAAGUAGAGCCACCCAAGGCGACAGAGAAACCCUCUGAAAAAGCCAAGCAGACUGAUCAACCCAAAGCCAAUGAACCAAAGGUGGAUACCCAACCCAAAGUCACCGAACAGAAGAUGGAGCAACCAAAACCGGCGGAGCAAAAGAUUGAAGUUAAGCCUGCGGAGCAAAAACAGGAAACACCGAAGGCUACUCCAACGGAGACUCCCCCGAAGACGCCAACUCCUGCUCAGAAGGCUCCAUCUCCUCCUGUCCAGACUCCCACAAAGGCUCCAUCUCCUGCUGUCCAGACUCUUGCCGAGAUUGUGGCCUCAGAGCCGCCCAAGCAGGCAACACCACCCGAGAAACCGGCUACUAAAAUUGAAGAGCAGCCUGCUCCAGCUAAAACUGAACCACCAGUCACCACUGCUCAGCCACCCAAGAGUGUUUCUCCUCCCAAAAACACCCAGGAUAAGCCCAAGGAGGCAAUUUCAGCGCAGAAUGCAACAGAGAAACCAAAACAAAAGACUCCGCCACCUGCCAAAAAGGCUACUUUGGCAGCAGAAGAACCAAAGAUUGCUCCCGAGGCUAUAAAAGCUAUUGAAACCCCAAAGAUUGCUGACGCAGCUGCCAAGACUCCAGCUGCAGAAGUGGCCAAAUCUACAGCUCCCGAAGUAACUAAACCCCAAGCACCAGAAGUGGCAAAACCUACAACUCCAGAAGUAGCCAAGCCACUAGCUCCACCAGAAGCCAAACCACCAGCUGCAGAUGUAGCAAAACCUGAAGCUCCAGAAGCAGCUAAACCUCAAGCACCAGAAAUAAAGGAUUCUGAGGCACCAGCAAAACCCAAGGAUCCAGCUGCAGCUGCUCCUGGAAAGCCAGCGGAGACGCCAAAGCCUGCUUCACCCAAGAAGGAGAGAUCUCCACCUGGCAAGCCAGUGACGCCCCCAGCUCCAGUGGCCUCCACAACCCCUGUGGCUCCGCCCUCCCCAGUGGCUCCCUCCACUCCGCCAACGACUCCCACCUCCAUGCCAGCCUCUGUGGCGGCUGUGACUCCGCCAUCUCCUGCCGCCGUCACACCGCCAUUGCCCGCUGCCCUUACUCCGCCACAGAAGCAGAAUGCCAAGAAGCAGGAGGCAGGUGGACAGAAGCCAAAGCAACAGCAGCCAGCCAACAAGCCGCAGCAGGCGCAGAAGCAACCACCAGGAGCAGGAGCAGGAUCAGGAGCAGGAGCCAAGCCCCAGCAGAAGCAGCCGAAUCCAAAUCCAAAUGCCAAACCAGCUGUGGCUCCAAAGCCAGCCCAGGCUACAGGGAAACCCGCUACUCCCAAAGCACCCAAUCAACAGCAACAACAACAGGGAAAAGCGGCAAAUAAGGCUUCUCCGCCCAAGCAAACUGGAGCAACUGGAGGGCAGCAGAAGCCAGCGGCGAACUCCCCCAAGACCACGCCCUCUCCAAAGGCGGCAGGCACCCCGAAAGCCACCUCCCCCAAGGCCGGAACUCCUCCCAAUCCCGCAUCCGCUCCUGCAGGCCCCAAUUGAUCCCGCCUUUAGCAUGCUCUUCAAUUUGAUCCCUUGCAUUUCAAACCUACCGCGCAUUUUCACACUCAGUUUUCGAUUUCAAUUAAUAUCUAUUUACCCCUGGUACUAAACGUUUUGGAUAAAUUGUGCUCAUUAUAUUUUUGAAUAAAUUUAUAAAUUUUCAAAA